AUGAGGACAGAGCUGGAAGCUGGGGCCUGUGGGUUCUCCGGACCGCACCCCAACACGGACAAGCAGAAUUCGGAACAGUCACGCAGCCACGCCUCGGCCGAUAGGACGUCGUCGGCCGUGUCCCAGAACCCCAGAACGUCCUCCCAUGUCUCCAAAUCCAUGAAGGAGUUGUCUUACCUGAAGGUACCUCAGGACCCUUCCUGCAAAGACAGACAGGGACACCCAACCACCAUCAUUCUCUGCAAGUCACAGAGUAGCCAGGUUGUCGUGGGGCCCAAGGAGCACAACAUGUUCAUGGAAGAAACCUACAGUGCGGCCAUUUGCUUCAAGAUGCUCCAGGACCUGAAUGGUUCAGACCCUCGCAGCCUGAAGUACAUCAUUAAGAAGAUCAAGAACAUGGCUCAUGAGGCCCCCAACCUGGUGCUGGAAACUAUCCAUGACUACUUUGUGAACAACCCAGAGAUGUCCUGCCGGCACAAGUUCUGGCUGUUCCAGGUCCUGGAGGCAGCCAUCGAAGCCAGCGACUCCCUGGAGGAGGCCUGGGAGAAGACGUUCAUGAAGCUGGCCCUGGAGAACAUGACUAAGUCCACGGAGCUGGAAGAGGUGUACCAGGACGCGGCCAGCAACGUGCUGCUGGCCAUCUGUAGGCACUCGUGGCAGGUGGUGGCCCAGCACCUGGAGACCGAGGUCCUGACAGGCGUCUUCCCGCACCGCAGCCUGCUCUACGUGAUGGGCAUCCUGACCUCUAAUGAGUCAAUCUUCCAGAAGGGAGAGAAGGCAUGCUGGGAAAAGCAGCUGGCCCAGAUGGCGAGAAAGUCCGUCCAGUUCCUGAACAUGGACAAGUGGUCCAAGGAGCUGUUGUCGGCACUCACCAAGCCUGACCAGACACAUCAGGAACAGCCCCCGGAGAAGACCUUUCUGUUCAUCUACUACGGGCUGAUCCUUCAAAACGAGGACAAUGCCACCACUGUCAGGACACACCUGAGAACCCUCCUGGACACGUCCCACCAGUGGCCCAAGCAGCGGGAGGGUAUCGCGCUCACCGUCGGGCUGGCCGCGACCCGCCACCUGGACCACGUCUGGGCCGUCCUAGAGCAGUUUGGCCGGAGCACACCCGUUAAAUGGAGCCUUCACAGCUUCUGCCUGAAGGGUCAGAAAUCAGAGGACCCAAAGUGGAGGUGGGCCAGCAGCACCAUGCUCCUCGCCUACGGUCAGAUGGCGGUCAAGGCCAAGGCGCACAUCCUCCCGUGGGUGGACAACAUCUUGUCACGGAUGGUCUUCUACUUCCACUACAGCUCCUGGGACGAGACCUUGAAGCAGAGCUUCCUCACCGCCAUCUUCAUGCUGGUGGGGGCCAUCAGCCGCGAUGAGGGGGCCCACAGCUACGAGUUCUCCCAGAUCUCAGAGCUUCUCGAGUGUCUGAUGGUCUUGAUGGAGAAGGAACCCCAGGACACACUGUGCACGUCAACUCGCCAGCAGACCAUUCACAUCAUCUCCAGCCUCUGUAAACUGAGGCCGCCCCUGGACUUGAAGAGGAAAUCACGGCUUCUGUCCGUCUGCCUCCGCAGUGUGUUCGCCCUGCCACUGAUGGACGUCCUGAAGAAACACACCUGCCUCUUCCUGGAGCCACCCAACAUACAGACCCUCUACAACAAGACCUUGGAGGCCCUGGACCAGAUGCUGCAGAGCCUCAUCAUGCAGAACCCUACGGCCGACGAGCUGCACUUCCUGCUGUCGCACAUGUACACCUGGCUGGCGUCGGAGAAGACACACGAGCGGCAGCGGGCUGUGCACAGCUGCGUGGCCCUCCUCGGAUUCCUGAGCCACGACCUCUACCUGGAUACAAAAGAGGACUUCAGGAGGACUGGGCAGCUGGUGGGCGUGCUGGGGAUUUUGUGCCAGGACCCUGACAAGGCCACCCGGCACUCCAGCCUGGAAGGGGUGGGCCACCUCUACCAGCUCCUGAUGCGCCAGAGAGCCAGGGAACUUCCAAACGUGGAGGCGCAGGCCCCCAAGCAGCUCUCCCAGGCCAGCGAGGAUGGGGCCCCCAUCUGGAGGAGCGGAGACCAGCAGACAGCUCCCCCCACCCCCCGUGAGAUGGCAUUCCCGAAGGACCACAUCUUCCAGCUUGGCAGCUCCCAAGUCAUCAAGGAGGUCAUGAAGCAUCUCACGGUGGCAGAGCUGACCGACCUCGUCUGGACAGCCAUCGACGGACUGGGAUCCCCCAGCUCCUUCCGCAUGCAGGCGGCCGCCGACAUGCUGCUCCUCGCCAUCCAGGAGCACGGGGCCGAGCUGGAGACGGUUGCCAAGCUGGGCCGAGCCAUUCACUUGCAGCUCUGCUCUGUCCACAUCCCCCAAGCCAAGGAAGUCACCCUGCACGCCAUCACCCUGCUAGCCCGGAACCACACCUCGGAGCUGGUGGCCACCUUCCUGGACCCCUCCAUACCCUUGGACAGGACGUCGCUGGAGGCCCUGAAGGGUCUGCUGUCCACCACGGGGCACUGGCAGGACUUCGCCCACCUGGAGCUGCGGGGCGCCUGGGAGCUCUUUGCCACCACCCGCACCUACCCGCAGGGCGUGGGUCUCCUCGCCAGGGCCAUGGUUCAGAACCGCUGUGGGCAGAUCAAGGCAGUGACCAGCCAGCUGCUGUCCAGCCUGCAGAGCGAGGAGAAACGGGAGCGGAAGACGGCCAUCCUCAUCCUCGUUGAGUUCCUCUACAGCCCCACGCUGCUGGAGGUGCUCCCCAGACAGGCCGUCCUGACUGUGCUGGCCCGAAGCCUCAGGGAUCCCAGCCCCGAGGUCCGCGCGUUGAGCCUACAGGGCCUCGGAAACGUCCUUUUCCACCCGGAGAAGGGAAGCCUGCUCCAAAGACAGAUGCCGGCCUUUCUCAACGGCUUCUUCCAGAACAGCGAGCAGGUGGUUGUGCGGGUCAUGGGCACCGUGUCGGACGUGCUGCACCGCCUGGGCGCCAACGGCGCAGCCGCGCAAAGCCUCCAGGUGGCCAUCAACGCCCGCUCCUUUUUCGACGACGAGCGGGAUGGGAUCCGGGCGGCGGCCAUGGCGUUGUUCGGGGACCUGGUGGCAGCAGCGGCAGGCAGGGAGCUGAUCGGCCUGCGAACCCAGGUGCACCAGAGCCUGGUGCCCCUGCUCCUGCACCUGAAGGACCGCUGUCCGGCCGUCGUCACGGUGAGUGCCCGCUGCCGGGCUUUCCCCCUGGCGGGGCUGAAGGUGUGCAGAUGGCGGCAGGGCAGCCUUGCUCUCGGGCAGCAGGUGUGGCCACCGGCAUUGGUGUCCGUGACUGAGGUUCGCCCCGUGCGCGUGCACGCGCACGCACACACGUGCAUGCGAGCGCUUACGCACGUGCACGCGUGCCGCCGCGCCCUCUGUGUGGGCAGGACCCGGCCUGUUCCAGUCUCUGCCGUGUCCGCAGCACCUGCCACGUGGCGGGGGCUCGGGUUGCUCGCUGAACUUGGUGCAAUGGUCAGGCUUUCCCAUGUGCCAGCCGUGCCCCGUGUUGAGGCCAAUGAGACACGGCGCGGCCGAAGAGAGGCAUCGAGCGGCAGCUUCCAAAAUGAAUGGGAGACUUGCCUUGGGAGCAGCCAGGAGCCAGGCACUGAGGCCGGAGCCGGGGCUGCCCCAGAGGCCGAGGGUGGGCUGAGAGUACAGCGGGGGAGGACGGCAUCGGGCCCGAGACCCACCUGA